CUGUGGGAGCCGGAGGACAUUGACAAUCUAGGGACGGGGCAGAGCACGUGCGCGACCUGGAGAGGUUUUUCGAGCGCAUGGUCAAGUUCAACCUGAAACUGGCACCCAAGAAGACGAACCUGGGGGUGAAGGUGGUGACGUUCUUGGGACAUCAAGUCACGGCGGAAGGGAUAGGGCCGGACCCGGAAAAGGUCAGACCGCUGCGUGAAGUGCCAAUGCCCACUAAUGUUAGCCAGUUGCGAUCGUUGCUGGGGUUCUUGUCGUACUAUCGAAAGUUCCUGAAGAACAUGUCGGCAAAAUUGAAACCGAUCAAUGCGAUGCUGAAAAAGGGGGCGAAGUUUGCGUUCGCGGCUGAUCAUGUGGCAGUAGUGAGAAAAAUGAUGGAUAUUCUGUCUGGCCCUGAAGUUUUGGCAUUUCCGUGUUGUGAGGGUGCAAUCUCGGGAAAGCGGCCGUUUAGGUUAACCGCUGAUGCGUCGAUUUCGGGCUUGGGAGCCGUAAUCGAGCAAGAGCAACGCGAUGGAAGUAUAAGACCGCUAUGCUUUUUGAGCAGAUCAACAUUCGCGAAUGAAACAAGAUGGAGUCCGACUGAGCUUGAAGCGGGUGCGAUAGUGUGGGCGAUAAAGAAGGAUCGAACACUAUUUUAUGGCAUCCCCUUUGUACAUGACCAUCAACCCUUGCGGAAUUCGGGGAGUUUGGCAGAGAAAAAUAAUCGCGUACAGAGGGGUAUGACUUCCUGUCAGCGUACACGUAUGAACUGAAGUAUCGACCAGGGCGAGAGAAUGCAAAUGCCGAUUUGAUGUCACGGUUGCCAUUGCCUGCGACGUAAGAGGAUGAGGCACCAGAUGGCAGACUAACUGAUCCGUCUGAUCUCGAUGUUUAUAUGAUAGGUGCGAGCGGGAUGCUACCUUCGCGAUUGGGUCCGGU